CUUCAGUCCUGUCAUGUCCUUCAUCAGUCAUGUGACUUCCUCAGCCUGGUCCAUUCUGAUAACUGCUGACAACGUUCAAACUCUCACUGCAUGCGUGUUGGGGCAGAGGAUUCAAACAUGAUCAACAUCCUGUCCACAGAACGUCCUGGUCCGGGAGCUUCCACAGAUAUCCUCCUCUGGGCAGAAGGCUCCCAUCCAAAAAGACACCAUGACGUCCCGGUGAAAAACACAACACCUCAGGGCUGCAGCAUCCGCAGCUCUGACAUGUUUCCACAAGUGUACCUGCCUGUACUGUUAGAGUAUUUAAGGACGUGGUAUUUCAACUCCAGCAGAAGACGAUCAAGGCUAGUGUUUAUAAGGAAAGGGGGUAAUAAUAAUGUCAUGACUAACUGAGGGGACAGUUUCACUGACAGCAAGUUGACUCUACAAAGAAGAGAGACGACGUCACCGUCAAAAUGGACGGACACAUAUUCUGUAUCUUGGCCACUGCAGUGACCUUGGUGGCCUCAGGUGGCGCUUCAACCACGACAGACCCUCCUAUCGUCCAAGGAAAACCCUUCGUUUUUAUGUGGAACGCCCCGACUGAACUUUGUGAAGUCCGUUUUGGCAUGCCCCUUGACCUUUCCUACUUUGACCUAAUCAGCAGCACGCUCAAGUCUGCCACCAACCAGAAAAUCUCCAUAUUCUACACCGACCGUUUUGGGAUUUUCCCCUACGUGGAUGAAGAAACCGGGGAGGUCUAUGAUGACGGUCUACCACAGCUGGUGGACAUGAAGGAGCACCACGAGCUGGCCGAAGAUGACAUCGAAUACUACAUUCCUUUUGACCAGCCCGGACUUGCCGUGCUGGACUUCGAGGAGUGGCGUCCACAGUGGGUCAGAAACUGGGGGAGCAAAGACAUCUACAGGGACUUUUCUGUUGAACUGGUGAAGAAGAAAUUCCCCAUGUUGUCUGAGGAGCAGGCAGAAGAUAAAGCAAAGUUGGUGUUUGAAGGUGCAGCCAAGAAGUACUUCAACCGCUCCAUUGGCCUUGGAAAGAAGAUGAGGCCCAAAAGACUGUGGGGGUACUACCUGUACCCCGACUGCUACAACUACGACUACAACCAGGACAUGGAGGGCUACACCGGAGAGUGUCCUGAGAUCGAGCAGGAGAGGAACAAUGACCUGAUGUGGCUCUGGAAAGAGUCCACCGCUCUGUUUCCAUCCAUCUACCUGGAGCUGGUUCUCAGAGACACCGUGAAGGCGCACCUUUUUGUUCGCCAUCGAAUCCGUGAAUCCAUCCGGGUGUCGAUGCUCCCCAACAGCUCCUACUCCAUCCCUAUCUAUCCCUACAUCCGCCCGGUGUACAAGGACAGCACGGACGACUACAUGUCAGAGUUCGAUUUGGUGAACACCAUCGGAGAAGCUGCAGCUCUGGGCGCUGCGGGCGUCAUUUCCUGGGGAGAUAUGAACGUCACAGACACCGAGGAUACCUGCCUUGACGCUCGACGCCACCUGGAGCACGUCAUGAACCGGUACAUUGUGAACAUCACGAAGGCCGCGGAGCUCUGCAGCCAGGCCAUCUGCAGGAGUCAGGGUCGAUGUGUGAGGAAAUACUGGGAUGAUGACGUCUACCUCCACCUGGACCCACGACGUUACAGAAUUCAACAGUUUCGCCGCGGCGGGCGAUUCGCCGUCAUUGGUGGGCUUUCGAUGGAUGACGUCAAUUGGUUCGAUCGGCAUUUUGACUGUAUGUGCUUCAGCAGAAAGCCCUGCAGAUCUGUCCUCUCGUUCAAUGACAUCAUGAACCGAGCUGUUAAGGACAAUCGAGCUGCUCAGACGCCGUGCUCUCUUCUACUGCUGCUGACCCUGCUCUAUCUGGAGUAUGUUUUAUUGUUGUAGAGCUGCAGUUGAGCUAUCUGUUAACUCCAUUUAUAGAUUUGAAACAUUUCUUAAUUUCCUGUAAGAUGAUGCCCAGAAUUUCUAGUUCAUUAACGAAAAAGUUUUAUUCCUACGUUGAUGAAGUUUGUACUGCACUGCAUACUAUUGUCCAACAGAGGACGCCAGAGCUCUGUAUUUUUUGUUUCUGGCGCCUACCAAUGGAAUCUAUUUCUAUGAAUUCUUUCCUCCUUGGUUUCCCAAACUGGCCUCUUAUGUCUGCUAAAAUACUGUACAUCUAUUUAACACUAGGGGUCACAAAAAUUGUUCCUGUGAACUUUAUGAAGGUUUAUACCUUCUCUGUAUUUUAUGCCUUUCGAUGCAAGUAAUCUGGACGUCCAUAAGAAGAUGUAAUAUAAAAUAGACCCAGAAGGGGGCAGCAGUGAAACUCUGCAAGUAAACGUCAAAGAAGUCAGACUGAGAUGUUAGCAGGAUUAGCUUAGCCAAGCCGUCUGGAAGGCUAACCCUCAAAAUAAAAUAUUACAUACUAACAAAGCAACAAAGCUAACAUGCCACGCAUUAACCCACUGCUAACAUGUUACUAAUGUGUUCAUACUGGUUUUUGCACAACCAAGACUUGAUCCUAUCACGCUCGACACUAGCGUGACAAUGACAUGCUAGGUGUUUAAAAUGGUGUGCUUUUCUUGUAAAAAUGUUUUGACCAGGUUUAAAAGAUUUAAAUAAAACUGUUGUGUACUUAGCACCACCUUCUGGUCAGGGAAGAGGCUGGCGACCAAGAAAUAGCAAAACACAUUCCAUUUUAACUUUGGGGUUUUUUUUCUGAAUCCUAGUACUAGGAUUUUAAUUUGGUGGCAGGAGGAGGAAGGACAAACACAGAUAAGACACAGAGAUACCACUACAUGUUGGUGUCCAACAGAGGACAGAGACAUCUUUGUUUGUACUGUUCACACUCAGCACAACAUGCUACAGUGAAUGUAACAAACGGCUGAGCCUCACUGAGCCACGGAUGGAAACCUGACACAAAAAUAUUAACAAUUAUAUAUAUUUAUUUUUUCAUUAUUUGUCCAAAUUAUUGACCGACGGUUUAUCUGCUGCGUCACUCUUGGCGUUACUCUCAGCUGUUUCGCCUCUCACCACUGUUUCGUCACGACCCGGCCGCCGCCCCGCUAGUGGAGAACAGAGUAAGCCAUUAUCAUGUUGCAGCAUGGUCCUAACAGCAGUGAGCGUGAGUGUGAGAGUGAAUAGUGCUGCACAGACAACACAUGGAGACUGUGAGGUCGUCGCUUUUAGACGUGGUCUGUAAAUACAGUCGUUCGCCUGCUGCCGGCUGAGCGGAGGACUCCAAACUAUCAACAUCAGCUUCCUUGAUUACUGAUUGAUCAAAGAUUUAGCUGCUAAUUAAAGAGAGUCAAUCUAUUAGUGAUCAUGUCAAGGUCAGUUACACUGGACCGCCACUGAAUGGUUAAAGGCUGAGCAAUUAAAUCAUCUUUAAUUGUGUCUUUCUUCAAUUCCUGCCAGUAUAUCAGCAUUGUCUUCAACUAAACAGGCCGAGAUUUUAGUCAAUUAUGAGGUCAUUUAGACUAGAAGAUUAUUUUAUUUCAUUACAUAAACUUUUUUGUUUGUUUUGAGAAACACUACAGAAUGACCUUUUGCUGAAGAUAUAAAAACUUCUGAUGAUUCUGA